CUCCCAUAAGCGCGAGCUGGCGAUGCUUAGAGCCGUCGACCGAUCUAGCCAACGCCCUCUUAGUUCCUUGGUAGGUAUCUCACCUAACCCGCCGCUAAGUAAAGCGAAGGGCCGGGUCUAGGAGAUAGAGGCUGGCUGAAUUGGGCAAUCUUUCUCGGCAUCACUUCCAUAUGUAUGAGCACACACACACACACACACACACACACACCCGCCUUAUGACCCCUCCUUCUCGUCCCCAGAAGCUGUCACAAGACGGCCCCCAAUCGCUACACAUCACAGACCGUGCCGCCAACCGGGGUUCCUCUUUACGGCACACUAUCCGGUUCCGUGCCACGUCGGCAUGGCAAAUCCGCACUCUAGGCUUAGGGCUUACCAGGUCCCUUCGCAAGAAGACCCGGGAUGAACCUUGCUUACCGUCUAAUCCUUGUGGGCAUUCCUAUUUCCCCAUAGCGCGUGCGCGCGCGCGCGACGUUGUCGACAUCCCGCCCCCCCUCACAUGUGUCGUUACCGCUGUCGCUGUAUGCCUACCUGCCUACAGGGACUUGCACCCCUGGUCUGCUAGCUGCGAAGCGUAUUUCGCCAGAACGACGAUGAAGCCAGCCCCUGCGCAUCCUCCUCCAGCUACGCUGUACGUUCAGCCCUUCAGCGCCUACGCGCACACGUACGUGAUGGGCCCGGGAUUCGGAUCGGGAUUAGCCUGCGUCGGUCUCUCUUGCUUUCUCCCUGGCGGCCGGCGACGCGAGGCCAUAUUAAGCGAGCAGGGCCUUCCAGAUAGGAGAGCGCUAAUGCGUUGCGACCCAUCAUCAGCUCGGUCUGAGGCAGAUAUGAAGUGUCGGUGUGGACAGGUGGAACAUCCAAUCACCGAUGCCCUUAGCCAUGCUGAUCUAUGUACCUACCUACAUACUUCCCGUGCGGUGGCACGCGAUUGCAGACACGCCCCUCGCCAUCCUCUCUCUCCUCCUCUCGACGGUGGGCAAAUUUGGUCGCAGCCGUUGCCGUAGCCGCAGUACACGGCAGCACUUAUUGCGCCAAUGGCCGACGGCCUUUUGCCCCUCGGGCGCGAAGUGGAGGGCGGCCGAAAUUAUGUGAAGGACAUGGAACCCGGACUGGUAAAACAGACGAGAGGAGAAGGAGUGGCUCAA